CGUCUAUCUAGUCCAGUCCGUAGAGGGAGGUGUAUUUUUAUAUGCUAUUGAUUUACGUGAUUCUGCCGUAUUCAAACGUUCUGGCAUGCGUUCGUAACUAUGUUGACAUUUUGGUCCAAAGGUGGCUCUGACGAAGCGGCUCUCAGUGAUGCCUCAGCGUCGCGUUACGUGAGACAACGCGAGCAAACGGACCGCAAAGUUUCCCUGUUGUACAGUAGAUGAGUGUGUGUUGAGUGUGGACUUUAGAAGUCGCUUGUCAGAGACAGCUCAGUAUAUCGGGACGCUUCAGUCUGUGUAGUCUGACUGUCCUCUUCACUCUAAACGGUGUCUUGAGUUUACUGUUGUUUUUGGGAAUAUUUGUGCCGUUUGGAUUGAGUCAGUCGCACGCAGAGUUUUCAUCCUGUCCCUGGAAAGGUUUUAGUGGACGUACCUUGUGUCCAGGGAAACGGGAGAGUUUACAACACGGGUGCGGUUGAGGUGAUUCCUAAACCGUUUUGAGUUAAUCUCUCCUUCUCGGAUCCCUCUCUCUACAUGUGCCCAAAGCAGUGCAGAUAUUGCAGUGGGCCGCUGUGCUGACGGACUUGGUAUCAUUACUGAGCAAUAGAACUCCUGCCUUGGUUUGUUCCAUAGUCUCUGAUGGAUCUCAGGCUUGUCUCAUUGACGCUCAGUACACUACUGAUUCUUGUGACCUCUGGGCCACAACCGUCUAUUGGGCAGAAGAUUUACACCAACACAUGGGCCGUCCACAUCACAGGCGGGGCGCAGGAAGCUAACCGGAUUGCCAGGAAGCAUGGCUUUGUAAACCACGGGAAUAUAUUUGGAGAUUACUAUCACUUCCGGCACCAUGCGGUGGUGAAGAGGUCUUUAUCAGAGCACAGAGAAACGCAUGUUCGUCUGCAUACUGAACCCCAGGUAAUGUGGGCCGAACAGCAGGUGGUGAAACAAAGGAAGAAGAGGGACAUUUACAAUGAGCAAGCCGAUCCAAAGUUUGCACAGCAGUGGUAUUUGUACAAUGAAGAGCAUCGUGACCUCAACGUGAAAGAAGCGUGGAAGCAGGGCGUGACUGGACAAGGUGUCGUUGUGUCCAUAUUGGAUGAUGGGAUUGAAAAAAACCACCCAGACCUAAUUCAGAACUAUGAUCCAGAUGCUAGCUAUGACGUAAACGAUGGCGAUCCAGACCCUCAACCAAGAUAUACCCAACUCAAUGAUAACAGACAUGGGACACGCUGUGCUGGAGAGGUUGCUGCUGUUGCCAACAAUGGCAUCUGUGGUGUCGGGGUUGCCUACAAUGCCAAGAUCGGAGGUGUGCGAAUGUUGGAUGGAGAAGUCACUGAUGUGGUGGAAGCUCAGUCUCUCAGUCUCAACCCACAGCAUAUCGAUGUCUACAGCGCCAGCUGGGGACCUGAAGACGACGGCAAAACAGUGGAUGGACCCGCAAAGUUGGCCAAAGAGGCUUUCCAACAUGGUGUGACAGAGGGCCGUGGAGGACGGGGCUCCAUCUUCGUGUGGGCUUCAGGGAAUGGCGGACGAGAGAAGGACAGCUGUAACUGCGACGGCUACACCAACAGCAUCUACACGCUGUCUAUCAGCAGCAGUACGCAAAACGGCAAUGUGCCCUGGUACAGCGAGGCCUGUUCCUCCACCCUCGCCACAACCUACAGCAGUGGAGGUCUCAAUGAAAAACAGAUUAUCACUACAGACCUCAGGCAAAAGUGCACAGACUCCCACACAGGCACCUCUGCCUCAGCCCCUCUGGCAGCAGGAAUUAUCGCCCUGGCCCUGGAGGCAAAUAAAAACCUUACCUGGAGAGACAUGCAGCAUCUGGUCGUGAGGACGUCCAACCCUGCCCACCUCACCACCAAUGACUGGAAGACAAAUGGAGUGGGUCGCCGAGUAAGCCAUUCAUAUGGAUAUGGUCUGUUGGACGCUGGGGCCAUUGUGGCUCUGGCAAAGAACUGGACAAACGUUGGACCUCAGCAGAAGUGUGUCCUCUCCCUGGUGUCUGAGCCGAGGAAUAUAGGUAGUCGUUUGGUGAUUGCCAAGAGUGUGGAUGCGUGUGCCGGGACACUUAACUUUGUGAGCUCAUUAGAGCAUGCCCAAGCCCAGCUCACCCUGUCCUACAACCGCAGAGGAAAUCUGGCCAUCUACUUGAUCAGCCCACAGGGCACCCGUUCCACAUUGCUUGCACCCAGACCUCACGAUUACUCCUCUGAGGGCUUUAAUGACUGGGCAUUCAUGACAACCCACUCCUGGGAUGAGGACCCUCGUGGAGAAUGGACACUGGAGAUCGAGAAUGUGGCUGGAACCAGCGACUAUGGUACUCUGACUCAGUUCACGUUGGUUCUCUAUGGCACAGCCUCAAGUUUAUCUGGACCCUCCACCCCAGACUCCAGCCAGACCGCGGACAGCAGCUGCAAAACCUACGACCUCAAUCAGAUAUGUACUGAGUGUAACCCAGGGUUCUACUUGUACCAGAAGGGCUGCGUGCGAGACUGUCCAGCCGGUUUCACCCCAGGCACCCGUUCCACCUUCCCUUCCAACAACGAGGUGUUGCCUGUCCCACACCCCACCUGCCUGCCCUGCCAUGCCGUCUGCCUCACCUGCAGAGCUACAGGACCUCAGGACUGCCUCUCCUGCCCCCCUCACAGCCACCUGGACUCUGUCACCGGCACCUGUCUGCACCAGAACCAGAUCCAGCGAGAGUCUCCGGACGGCGGAUUGUUUCAGUCGCAAGAUGACGGCUCGUCCAGGAACCUCCACCGAGACCUCUCCUCUCACCUGCCUGUUACCGUGGCAGUACUCAGCUGUGCCUUCAUCAUGGCUACGUUUGUGGGCGUGUUUGGCUUGCUGCAGCUACGCACUCGCAACCAGAACAAACUGCACUCUGCAGAGGCGGAGCCAGGCUCCGGCUUACUGCUGGGGUUUGGCUUAAACCGCACUGCAGUCGCCUACAAGGGCAUCCCCAGCGUUUGGCGGGAGGACGAGGCCAACUCGGAGUCCGAGAACGAGGACUUUGAUAUCCACAACGAGAGGACUGCCUUCAUUAAAACACAAAGUGCUCUUUAACCCCUUCUCGCCCACGUCCUCCCCUCUCUAGUCUCUACUGCACUGUUGUCUCUUUUCGUGGCCACUGGUGUGUUUUUCUUAUGGGGUUCGUCUGAACAUCUCACUUUCUCAGUUCCCCCGUUUCUAUCUUGAGGGUUUUCUGUUCGUUUUUUUUCCACUUCUUUCAGUUAUGAACCAUGAUUCACCUGGGUGGUUGACCUCUUGGUGCCUCUACGUGGAAAGCUUCUUAUCACAAGUGAUGAGUUUGAGUCGAUUGUCGCAGUUUAUAAGCAGGGCUGUUCCUGUGAAACUACAAUAAACACCUGAUUAUUGUUUAUUCUCUUCCCCUUUUGUGUUAGUUUCUCCCCGAAUGCCUAGUGAGAUUUUAAGAAACAAGGAGUGAAAUGUUUGCAUGUGAGAAACACAGAUUUUCUUAGAUUGAGUGAAACUACAUUUAUAUGAAGUCAGUCCAUGUGGCAGCAAUUUAACGUGCGGUCGGAUUCACUCGCUUUGCAGGGAGCCUUUUAGAAGAACAUAUCACUAUUUUUACAUGUUUAGGAUCUGGAGAGGAGGCCGUGUUGUUGUACAUACACUCAUUUUUAGAGCUCCCUUCUCCCUCUAGAGCAUCUACAUUGCUGAAUUCAUGCUUUUUUGUCAUUCUGCUGACAGUUCAAGGAAUAGUUCAACCCAAAAUUAAAAUUGUCAUUUGCUCACCCUCAUGUCGUUCCACACCCUUAUGAUUUUCUUUCAUCUAUAGAACACAAAAGAUUAUAUAUUGCAGAAUGUUCACUGUGCUCUUUUCCAUAAUGGGUAUUGUGUCUGUCUAGCUCCAAGUGAUUAAAAAACACCAUAAAAGUAUCAGAAUAGUCCAUACAACUCAUGCACUUCUGAAGCCAUACGCUAGUUUUGUAUGAGGAACAGAAUUAAACUGAAAUAGUUAUGCACACUCCUCCUCAAACUUAGCUCUCAAAUCUCCUUCAAUUCCAAUGUGGCGCAUAAAGACAUGCCACGGCAGGUUUGUCGUCAGUGAAGAUGCCAAAACCAAUGCCGUUUGACAUCUUGUUGUCAAACACGUCAUAUUUGAAUAGAACAAAAAGCAUUAAUGAGAUUUGAGUGCGACAGAGGGAUUUUCAGCGAAGAACAAUAUCGGUACAUUCUUAACACAAAGCUGUCGAACAGCUUCGGGGCACUUGGAAUAUCUGUAGCGCAUAAGUCAUUCAGACUACUUUUUUGGUACUUUUAUGGUAUGUUUACCCUAGUAAAACAGUAAGCAAAAGCAUGCACAUCAAGUGCCGAAAGUGCUCAGUGUAGGUACUCGAAAAGGGGAAAACAGCUUCAAAAGAAAAAGUUGGCUCAAAACAUCACUAAUGUGGCAACAUAUUAAAUUUCUGUUUUUGGACCUGUGGUGAAACUACUUUUUCAUUUGAAGACGUUUUGCUUAGUAGCCUAUAUACAUUUCUUAAAGUAUCCACCUUUUUCCUGAAUGUGGACGUGUUCCACGAUUUGCCUGUUUUCAAUUUCCGGUUUCCAGUGUUUUCACCCGCAGAGGCGUAUAUUCUUAGUUCUUAGUGGGUAAAGUAUUACAUUUGUAGAAAUUGUCAAAGAAAUAUGUGCCUCUAUAGUGCCGAUACUUCAGAGUCGAGCUGACCGUUUUUUUGUUUUGUUUGUUUUUUUUACACUGCCUCACCAGAGUAUUUAGACGACAUGAAGCGAUGGUCCGAGGUUAGUUACAUUGAUAUCAUUAACUACUUCGAGUUUUUAUGACAGCCAGCAACUGCUCAAGUUGAGCGUGAAAUUCAUUUUUACUCCAAAUAACACUUAAAUGGUUGUUGUUCUGUGUCUGGAUUGCUCAUUUCGGUUAGUUUUACAUUGCGUCUUGAGACCAGAAACAGAAAACAGGCAAUUAGAAUCAUCAUGGUGCCGUCCAGUGUUUACUCAGGAAAACGGUGUUCAACAGAAGAAGGUCGUCUGGGUUUGGUAUGACAUGAUGGCUGAACUAGUCCCUUAAAACUGCAGUAACCUUGAGCUCUCUCUUUGACUUUAUGUAGGGGAGAUAUGAUGCUAUGAUCUCUGCCAGCCUCUCCGAGCCAGCUCAGCAACGUUGAACUCUUCUGUAAUUCUGUUCUCCAAUUAUGGAUUUAAAACACUAGACAAGAUCCCUGCCAAUGGCCCAUCGUAAAAAGGACUUGGCUUCCUUUUUGAUGUUUGUAGUGAUUAUCCAUUUAUUAAAUCUAGAGAUGUUGGAGGUUUUCUUCUGCACAGUAUGGGUGUCUUUUAUAAAGGAAAGUAAUCAGAGAAAGGCUCAAAUGACCUCUCUCCAAGAGCAGCUAUUGGAUAAAAGUGAAUUUAUAAAGGGUUGACUUUUUCUUUUUUGACUGCUAAACAGUCAUUCCAUCAGGUCAUUUUGUUUUUUUACUACGGUUUAUAAUUAGUAGUAUGCUUGGCCCUGUCAGCUCAUCAGUGACCUGAAUAUAGUACUGUUAUUUUUCUAUUCUGAAUCGCAUAUUCAUGAUCUACAUAUUGCUCUCAUGCAGUAACUUUAAUAAGUGACAAUUGAAAAAGAUGUGAUACAUUGAAUGUUUGCAAUGGAGACCCAAAGAAGGUGUAUGUAUACAUGCACAUACGGUUGGUUAUGUGAUGUUCUCAGCUGAUAUGUGAAGUCUGACUUCCUUUUUCAUAUCAUUAAAAUAGUUUGCAUUAUUAGGUGGUCAGCCUUUCAAAAAAAUGUUUGCAAACAAAUCUUCUCAUAGCUGCACACAACAAGAGACAAAACUGUGGCCAGUCAUAAAACACUCACAAACUACUACUAUUUGCAGCCUUGUAAAACUUUAGCACACUGUAAUUCAUGUAGGGCAACCAAGUUGAAGCAUCUGCACAGCUCAUUUACUUUAUUUCAAGAUGUGCUUGCUCUUCAUCUAUGCCCUUUUGCAGUGCAAGGGCUGUAGACAAACAGAACAUAUCUAUUUACAUCACCCUGGAGUUUAAGGGACAUUAAAAAUCUUGAGACUUUACAAAAGUGUUUUGUGGGUCUGGUACUCCCUUGUUCCUAAAUUAUAGUUUAAGACAGAUUUUAGGGUUUAAAACAUGUUAGAUUUACCCACAAGGUUCUCCAUCCCUCCCUCUCUUCUAGAGGUUAUCUAGAGUCAAAACGUUUGACUGAAUAUUUCUUACUAAAAAUAAAUAAAAAUUGCACCACUUUUUGGAUUAAAGUCAUUGAACUGAAUGGCAAAAACUGGCCCAAUCUCCAUAUAUAGUAUAUAGUUAUAUAACUAUAUAUACAUUGGACAUUUUGUUGAAUCUGCAUGUCUUGGAAGGUCUUCCUCUUCCGUUGUUUGCGAUGUUUUUAGCAAAACUGUAAUCUUGAUCACAGCUAUAUUACGCCCAUACAGUGCUGAUUUGGUAUUACGGCUGUCUUUUGAAGAGCUUCAACAUUUGCAAAGGCAUGACCAAAGACCACAUAAUAAAAAUAUGCUUGGCCUAGAGUGAUAACAUAAUCAUUAAAACACUCACUGAGUAAAAUAUUUAAUAAAGUUUGGUUUUUAUCUUUCGCUUUUAUUUUGAGCUUUGUUGCAGUUUUACAUUGGGUUACUGUGUGGUUUUGGCCAUUUUUAUUUUUUUGAAGGGGCUGGUGAAUCUCUGACACUUUAAGUAAAAGUGAUUGUGGUCAAAGCACUGGUGUGAUGGCAACAGUUUUUAUGCAGUAUGGUUUCACCUUGUUGCAGUGAUUCCGCUGCGCUUUAUGGGCUUGAAUGUCUACUUUUGUUUGUGUUCAGGCUUAGCAGAACCUCCCUAAACCUUUUGGUCAUAGGAUUUUAUCAUCACCAUCAACUACAUAUAUAAAAAAAAUAAGGCCUAUUUUUGUACAAUAUAAAGUGCAUUGUCAUUUACAUGUAAUUUCAAGAUUAUUUUGCUCUGUUUUUCUUUCUUCUUCUUUUUAUUUAAUUGAUGUCAAUAUGCGAAUUAUAGAUUAUACAAAAAAUAAAGAUCUAUGCAAACUUCAA